ACGUUGGAAAUAUAGAUUCUUUUAUGAUCAUAAAAUGCAUAAAACCAAACGUAUAAUUAAUUUUUAUAAUAAAUUUAAUCGAACAUUUUCAAAUAACACUCAAUAUUAUGAUGUUGUGGUUAUCGGUGGAGGUCAUGCAGGAUCCGAAGCAUGUUCAGCCGCUGCAAGAAUGGGGGCUAAAACAUUAUUGGUUACCCAUAAAAAGAACACCGUAGGGGAGAUGUCUUGUAAUCCUUCUUUCGGUGGUAUUGGAAAAGGGCAUUUAAUGCGUGAAGUUGAUGCUUUGGAUGGAAUUUGUAGUAAAAUAUGUGAUCAAUCAGGUAUUCAAUAUAAGGUUUUAAAUAGAAGAAAAGGUCCUGCUGUUUGGGGACUAAGGGCUCAAAUUGACCGAGAUUUAUAUAAAAAACAUAUACAAGAAGAGUUGUUUCAUAAAACUUCUAAUUUAGAUGUGAUAGAAACAUCCGUUGAGGAUUUAAUUAUUGAAAAUAAUAGUGAUUCAUUAGUUGAUUGUAAAGGAAUUAUUUUAAAAGAUGGUACAAAAAUUAACUCAAAAGCAGUUAUAAUGACAACAGGUACUUUUUUAAAAGGUCAAAUAAAUAUUGGUUUAGAUAUAAGACCUGCUGGAAGAAUAGGUGAUGAACCAGCCAUUGGUUUAGCAAACACUUUAAGCAAUUUGGGCCUCAGAAUGGGUAGAUUGAAAACAGGAACCCCACCAAGGCUAAAAGCAUCAACAAUCAAUUUUAACGUUUGUGAAAAACAACUAGGCGAUGAUCCACCAGUUCCUUUUUCAUUUAUGAAUGAUAAAGUUUGGAUUGACUCCAAAGAUCAAUUGCCAUGUUAUUUAACACAUACAACCCCUGAUCUUGAACCAAUUGUAAGAAACAACCUUCAUGUGAACAAUCAUGUUAGAGAAGAAGUAACAGGCCCAAGAUAUUGUCCUAGUAUUGAAUCAAAAGUGUUGAAAUUUGGCGGUAGAAGACAUCAAGUUUGGCUUGAACCUGAAGGUCUUAAUAGUGAAGUUAUUUACCCAAACGGAAUAUCUUGUACUUUACCGGCCGAAUUGCAACUCCAACUUGUUCGUACGAUUGUUGGUUUGGAACAAGUUGAAAUUCUUAGAUGUGGAUAUGGCGUUGAGUAUGAAUUUGUUGAUCCACGAGAACUUUGGACUAGUUUAGAAUUGAGGAAAGUUAAUGGGUUGUUUUUGGCAGGACAAAUUAAUGGUACAACAGGGUAUGAAGAAGCAGCUGCUCAAGGCAUUUAUGCUGGAAUUAAUGCAGCAGCUAAAGUUUUGGGUAAACCACCUUUAGUAAUUGACAGAAGUGAUGGUUACAUCGGUGUUUUAAUCGAUGAUUUAACAACACAAGGAACUUUAGAACCAUACAGAAUGUAUACUUGUCGGGCAGAAUUUCGGUUAAUGUUAAGGCCAGAUAACGCUGAUAUAAGAUUAACUGAAAAGGGUUAUAAAUUAGGGUGUGUUUCUGAGAAUAGAUAUCAAAGAACCAUGGAAAUUGAAGAAAAACUUAUUGAAGGAACCGAAUUGUUAAAAAGUUUUAGUAAAACUGCUAGUAAAUGGAAGGAAUUGUUAAAAUUAACACCUACAAGAAAUAAUUUACAAAAAACGGCUUUUGAAAUGUUAUCAACGAACGAUAACAUUACCGUCGAUGACUUAGCUCAAGUUAUACCUGAAUUAAAACCUUUAACUUUUGAUAUAGCAGUAAAAAAUAGAUUAAAAAUUGAAGCACUUUACGAAUCUGCUAUUGCAAUGCAAAUAAACGAAGUGGCCGAAUUGAAACGAGAUGAAGCUUAUCUAAUACCAAGAGACAUCAAUUAUAAUUCAGAAUCUCUUAAUUUAAGUUUUGAAGAGAGAGAGAAAUUAAUAACUUUUCAACCACAAACGAUUGCAGCUGCAAGUCGAAUACCUGGAGUAACUCCAGCUUCAAUAGUAAAAUUGUUACGGUUUGCAAAACACCGAGAUUGUGAUUAUCUUGCAAAUGUUUAAAACUGAUUUUAGUAAAUAUAAUUGAUAUUAGUGAAUUAAGUAUAGUUUAUAACACAUUUUUUGCCAAAAGUUGACUUUAUUAAAUACUGGUACAACAUA